AGCAUUUAUCAGUCAUGUGCCAGGCUGACGGAGUGGCAUAAAAGGAGAGAAUGGGUGGAAGAGAGGUGCACAGCUAACUGCGCAGGUUACGAAGACAUCCGAAGAAACAAAAUGAAGGUCUUUGUUUUUGCUCUCCUGCUCCUGGUGGCUGUCACCUACGAAGGUGAGGCCCUGCAGUGUCAGAACUGUGUCCGGGAGGCUCCUGACAGUGGAAACUGUGUGGAGACUGUGGGGCAAUGUCCUCCAGAGUUGGACGCCUGUGCCAAAAUUACCUACCCUGCCCCUUAUGAGAACACUUUCCACAAAUCCUGCUUUAAGAUGACUGAAUGUCUGAAGCUAGGACUCACUCAGGGUCUGAAGGUCAGCUGCUGCAACUGGGACAGCUGCAACAAAUAAGAUCCCUGGACCAUAAGCUAUUUUAUGUGAUCCAAAUAAAACAUAUUAAAAACUUGAAGCAUA